CUUAAACCCUAAAACCCUCGAUAAAGAGCUCCUUCCGUCACUCCACCAAGCCACCCCCCUCUCUCUUUCUCUCUCUACGAAAAAUGGCCCUAAACAACGUUAUCCGCAGAGCAGCUUCGCGAGUCGUACCUCUGGCAAUCAGGGCUUCCGCCGCAAGUCAGAGGUACCUUCACCACCACCACGGCGCAGCCUGCCCCUGUUGUGCCGCCGUCACCCAACCCUCACUCAAUUUCUUCCCUAGGGUAUUUCCUUCGGUAGCCCAUCACUACUCUACCAAGCCUAAAUCGGAUGAGUCGCUCGUCCGGGUUAUCAAAUCCGAGAUUCAAUGUGCUAUUGACACCCAGGAAGAAGACGAGGUGGAGGUUCCUGAAGGCUUCCCCUUUAAAAUUGAAGACCACCCUGGACAGCAGACUAUAACACUGCUCCGUGACUACAACGGAGAAAGCAUUUCUGUCGAAGUCCACAUGCCUGACAUCAGUGGGGAGGAGGAUGAGAAUGAGAAAGACGAUGACGGUGAUGCUCAAGAUGAUGAGCAGGGAAGCCAAUCUUGUAUCCCAUUGGUUGUUAGAGUCUCCAAGCAAAAUGGGCCGAGCCUAGAGUUUACUUGCACUGCUUAUGCUGAUGAGAUUGCCAUUGAUAGCCUGAGCAUCAAGGAUCCCAACACCUCUGAGGAGCAAGUAGCCUAUGAAGGACCUGAUUUUGGGGAUUUGGAUGAGAAUCUGCAGAAAUCCUUCCACAAGUUUCUUGAAAUCAGAGGAAUCAAGCCGAGCACGACAAAUUUCUUGCACGAGUACAUGAUUAACAAGGACAGCAGGGAGUACGUCGCGUGGCUGGAGAAUCUUCAGAAGUUUGUUGAGGCUUAAGCUUUGGAGAUUAGAUAAGCAGUGUGGCUGGGGAUUCAAGAUCACUCCAUGAAUUUUCUACUUUCAUCUGAUUUGGCCCUAUUAAUUUUGCUUGGUACUUAAGCCUAUAAACUUAUUAUGAUUUGCCAGAACUACAUAUGGGAUUUGUGUUUUUUUAUGAAGUGAUAUUUGCUGAAUAAUUGCAUUUGGCAUAUUACCCUGAAUGGAAAUUGCUGGUUCAAUUUUAGUAA